CCGUCUAUGCCUACGUCACAACACAACCAACCGCUAGCAGUUGCCACCUGUUGGCUGCUGGCAAGUUCGCCGGUGACUCGACACAUUGCGCUCUUUUCCAUCCGACACCUAUCCCACCGCCGUUUCUGCUAAUCCUUACCUCCAUCCAACAAACCCUGAAAGGAAACGAACUAACUCUCCGCCAAAGAGCACCAGACGGAUAUUGUUCUGUAUGCCCUCCAAGUGCUUGUAAAAAUGGGUAGAAGAGUGGAUGCGGCACUAGAAGUUCAGAGGAAGAAACUCAAGAAACAUGGCAAGAAGAAGAAUCCGCUGCUCAAGAAAUUCUUUGACUAUCUCAAGUCUGAUUCCUACAUGUUUGCUCCCUUGGUUUCUUCUCAACCCUCUGGUUCCUCCUCACCCACAGAGCCAAUUUGUACGUUUGCUACAAGAGAUGAAACGGAGAAACCCGGUGGGGAAAACAGCAAGAAAUUGCUUAAGAAGGUUAGGGAGUACCUCUUAUCUGAUUGUUAUAUGUAUGCCCCUUUGACGGAUGCCCAACAAUCACAAGGUGUUGAUUCUGCCACAUCCAGUCCUCCUUGUACGGGGCCAGUUUGGCGUCCGAAAAGGGUGGCUACAGCAUUUCCAAUAAGAGAAGUACCUAAGGAAACCAAGCAGCCUACAGAACAGACAGUAAUGUUAACUGGAAAAGACCAACGCACGGACAGGUCUCCUGUUAAGAAAACCACUCUAGUUCGCCAAACACGGCAAGAAACAGUCAAGCAUAUAGUUCAUCGUCAAUGUCGCUCUUCAUCCAUACCAGGCAAAGGGAUGCUUGAAACAGACCAAAGGAAGGUGACGGUGGAGUGAACGACUUCUGGUAGAACUGACCUGUCUAUGCUGUGAAUUCGGUUGCUCGACUCUCUUUUUUUUUCCUUCUUUGCUUUUUAGCUGCUACUGUAGAACCCACGGGGUACAUUAAUUCUUAUCCUUUUCUUUUUACGUUCACGUUCUUAUAGAUUAUGAUACGAAUUAUGUAAUAAUUUGUCACGGAACCAAGGCCGGCCAAGGCCAAUUUUACUGGGAAUUUAUUUACUUUUGCUAUUU